GGCGAGCGCGGUGGUGGCCUGCGCCUUCCUUAGGGGCUGAGGUGAGCGGCGGUAGCGGGGAGGGGGGCGGUUCUGCGGCUGUCAGCUGCGGUGCCGCGCUGACGGCUGUCCCCCCCAUCUCAGGAGCGCGGCUGGGCCCAUGCCCCGGCUGGAGAGCGGCGCCUGGAGCUGCUCCUGCGCGGCCCGAGCGCGGCACGCGGCGAGGCCGGGGGAGGCGGCCCCGAAGGCGGACGCCAUGCAGAGCCCUUCGCCCAGCGCGGGACGUGCGGAGCGGGAGGCCUCCGGCGGCGCCGCUACGACGUGGAGGCAGCACCUGGUGCAGCGCAGCGUCGUGCUUUUCGUGGUGGGCGCCUUCAUGGCGCUGGUGCUGAACCUGCUGCAGAUCCAGCGUAACGUCACGCUGUUUCCCGACGAGGUCAUCGCCACGCUCUUCUCCUCCGCCUGGUGGGUGCCGCCGUGCUGCGGGACAGCGGCAGCUGUUGUUGGCCUGCUGUACCCCUGCAUUGACAGCCACCUUGGGGAACCACACAAGUUCAAAAGGGAGUGGGCGAGCGUGAUGCGAUGUAUAGCAGUUUUUGUUGGCAUUAAUCAUGCAAGUGCUAAACUAGAUUUUGCCAACAAUGUCCAGCUGUCCCUGACUCUUGCAGCCUUAUCACUGGGUCUUUGGUGGACAUUUGAUCGUUCAAGAAGUGGCCUCGGACUGGGAAUUACAAUAGCAUUUGUAGCAACUCUGAUAACCCAGUUCCUUGUAUAUAAUGGUGUUUAUCAGUAUACAUCCCCAGAUUUUCUAUACAUCCGUUCUUGGCUUCCUUGCAUAUUUUUCUCAGGAGGAGUGACCGUAGGAAACAUAGGACGCCAGCUGGCUAUGGUAAUUAUUCUUGAAAUCUUCCCAGUUUGUCUCUCGUGGGCCUUUGCCUUUGUCUUUGGAUAAAGAUAGAGAAACCCCAAUUCAUCCCCAUUCUCCUUUACAAAUAUUUGGUUUUUUUUUUUUUAAUGCUUAAGUU